AUGGGAAACAGCAAGAGCGGGGCCCUGUCCAAGGAGAUCCUGGAGGAGCUGCAGCUGAACACCAAGUUCACGCAGGAAGAGCUGUGCACCUGGUACCAGUCCUUCCUGAAGGAGUGCCCCUGCGGCCGCAUCACGCAGCAGGAGUUCGAGAGCAUCUACUCCAAGUUCUUCCCCGACUCCGACCCCAAGGCCUACGCCAAGCACGUGUUCCGCAGCUUCGACGCCAACAGUGACGGCACCCUGGACUUCAAGGAGUAUGUCAUUGCCCUGCACAUGACCACCGUGGGCAAGACCACCCAGAAACUGGAGUGGGCCUUCUCCCUCUACGACGUGGACGGCAACGGCUCCAUCAGCAAAAACGAAGUGCACGAGAUCAUUAUGGCUCUUUUCAAAAUGAUCCGCCCCGAGGACGUGAAGCUUCUCCCACACGAUGAAAACACACCAGAAAAGCGAGCGGAGAAGAUCUGGAGGUUCUUCGGAAAGAAGGAAGAUGAUAAACUUACAGAAAAGGAGUUCAUUGAGGGGACCCUGGCCAACAAAGAAAUUCUGCGACUGAUCCAGUUCGAGCCCCAGAAAGUGAAGGAAAAGAAACCCUGA